AUGACUGGCUUCUUAGCAGAACUCAGCCCUACGGCGCUUGUCCUUCUCUUAACCCCCAUCACUUUGAUCACCUAUUACAUCCUCUUUGCUCCCCGCAUUGAAUUCCCACCCAAGGCUCCUAAGCAAACUUCAGAACAGUAUCCAGUGGUCGGUGCUUUAGCCUAUUUCUCCGAGAAAUGGGACUUUUAUCGAAGAUCAAGUCGUGAAAGUCCUUCUGGAAACUUCAGCUUCUAUCUCGGGAAAAAUGCGGUUGUUGGUCUUGCUGGGGAAAUCGGAAGAGAUGUGUUCUAUAAUACAAAGGAGUUCGGGAUAUCACAAGGCCAAGCUCUAAAUCCUCGAAUACCUGGUCCUCCCGAACUCCCAGGGUUUCUAGGAAAGGCAUUAUCCUUGGACGAUGACGAAUUCACUCCCAUCUUUCUCCGCUUUCUCCGCUCAAUCCUCACCACGGAGCGCUUCUCUCGAGAUCUGCCAGUGCUGGUUCACGACGCCAAAGAAGGAUUACGCACAUUGGCCACUUCUUCAUCCACCAUUAUAAACCCAUUCGAUGUCUUAUUUAAGGUUAUAUUCCAGCUCACUGCGCGUGCACUCUGUUGCAACGAUCUUGCCGACCAAACUGAACUACUUGAUAAGAUAAUACAUCUUUUCUUAACUGCUGGCACCAGUUACAAUCCCAGAAUCAUUCUGUUUCCGUCACUUAUGAAAUUAUUAAGUCCUGCGUACUGGAAGCAAAUGAGCGCAUCAAUAAGAAUGUACAUGCUCGUUAAGGGUAUCUUGGAUCAACGAAAAAGAUCGGCAAAACGUGAUGCCGAUCCGCUGCAACAUCUGAUUGACCAGGGAACAGCUGAUGCAAGCAUAAUCCAGAUGUUGCUCACCGUUCUUUUCGCUGGGAUCGAAAACAGUGGCAAGUUCGCAGCCUGGAACCUAAUUUAUCUCUCCCUGAAUCCAAAAUGGAAGACACAGGUUCUUGAUGAAAUAAAAGCGGCUGUAGCGAAGUACACAACAGAUAGAACUGCGCCCUUGAUUGAGCAACUUUCGUCGCUGCCUUUGGAAGCUUGGGAAAGAGAGUUUCCAGUCAUCGAUAUGGUCUUAGCGGAGACAAUCCGACUGCAAUUACAAGGAGUCCUAUUUCGAAAGAAUGUCGGUGGUAGCGAUAUCAAGGUCGGCGAUGAAAUUAUCCCAAAUGGCGCUUAUGUGCUCUAUCACAACGCUGAUGUUCACCUUGACCCGUCAAUAUACCCUGACCCUCUCAAGUGGGAUCCUUCGAGACACUUGCCAGGGAACCCAGAAAGCAAAAAGAAGCGAACGGAGUUUCUUGGCUGGGGUGCAGGAAAACAUAGUUGUGGUGGAAUCCGAUUCGCAAAGUUCGAAAACAACAUUGCAGUUGUUUCAUUCCUUGCGACAUACGAUUUCGAGCUCUGUGAUGAACAAGGGACAGUACUAAAAAAUGGUCCUGAGUACAAUGUUAACAGUCAGAGCUUCUCUCAACCGGACAGUCCGGCGUACCUUCGGAUUUGGCCAAGGGAAGAAAUCGGUGAAGGACUUCACGAACAGUGCGGCUAGUCCGUU